AUGAAGGUGUUCGCACUUCUUUCUCUCUUGUUGCCUCUGGCAGCGGCGCAGCAGGCGGCAACCUCUGCCGCCGCUGUGUCAACUACGGCCGUAGCCAGCACCCCAGCGGCGAGCACCCCCGCCGCAUCGACUCCGGCCGCAGCGGCGUCGACGACGCAGCAAGCAGCGGCAGUGACGACAACCGCCGCCGCUCAGACUUCCUCCACAGCACUGCCCGCCAUUUCCUUCUCCCUUCCGGCCACCAUGACCGCAUGUGCGACAAACGCUCUCACGUGGGCACUGUACAAUGAGGCUAUUGGCAGCGAGAAGUUUGUCGUAAACCUGUUCGUGUACAACCUGGGUGUCGCCCAGAGCACGCCCUCCACCACGUCGGCUCAGCCAGCAGUCACCAGCGCGUCCGCAGCAGCAUCAACGACUCCAACCACGUCUGCCGCUGCUCAAGCACAGACGACCUCGGCUGCUGUUCAGCAACAAACGACUUCCGCUGCUGCUCAGUCACAGACCACGACCGCUGCCGCUCAAUCACAGACCACCGCUCAGGCUGGCACCACCCUGGUUGGUCGUGACCAGCUCCUCGUUGGCCGUGCCAACGUCAACUCGUCGAUCGUGUCCAACUGGCAGGCCAACGUUAGAUACAACUGGGUUACAAACGUUCCCGCGGGCAAGUACCGCAUUUACGCCAUUGUCAACGACACGCAGCACACUGUUGGCUCAUCUGGCGUGUUUACUGUGGUUACUGGCUCGAACACUACCUGUCUCCACACGACCAACACCACCUCGAGCAGCACCAGCAGCAAAUCAGCGGAAGCUACUUCCGACGCCAACAACACCGCCACCACGAAGAAGGGUCUUUCGGGCGGUGCAAUUGCUGGCGUUGUGAUCGGCGUUCUGGCCGGUCUGGCGAUUCUGGGAGCCGUCCUGUUUUACUGCAUGCGCCGCCGCCGUGGCGAUUAUUCGUCGCGUGGUGGCCGCAACGAGCCCAUCAGUGCCAGGCUCAUUGGAGCCCCGUCUCGAUUCAAGCGUGGCAGUUCUAUGGGCCUUGGCACCGUUGCCCUCUCGUCCAAGGACUAUGGCGAGCACGACACCGAUGCCGAGCGUGGGGAGAAACGUGAAACCCCACCUCGUAACGGCCGCACCACUGCGAUGAGCACCAACACGGACCCCUUCGAGACUGCGCCGUCUACUCCCUUCGAGGAGAGGACGAACCCCGUCGACGCAGGUGGUGUGUCUCUCGCUGCUGCCGCUGCACUUGCUGGUGGCGCGAGGCGUGGUUCGGAUAACCCCCCACGCCCUCCUCCCCACGACUACCCCCCACGUCCUCCCCCUCCCCACGGCAAACCCCCACUUCCUCCAUCCCAUCGCCCAACGUCUGUUCCCCUGACCGCUUCGGACCGGAGCGGCACCCUUGCGCCAUUUGAUGGCCCUGGUGACGACUAUCGCCUGAGCACAAUGAGUGGCGUUGUCAACAUUGGCGCCGACGACGAUGACCACCUUGAGGAGCCCCGUCGUCUUCCUCCAGCGCCCUACACACCCGGCUACACCCCUGGAGGCUCGCCUGCACCCCAGCCAUCGCUCCCGACCACGCCGACAAACCCUUCAGGCAUGUCUGCUCAGCAUUCGGCUGACAACACGGGCCACAAGAGCGCGAAGAGCAGCGGCGGCGAGUCGUCGGACAGCGGUGGUGCCCACUCUGGCGCGUCGCACCACCUCCCUUCGCACGGCCCAUCGUCGUUUGCCAACACGCCACGUGCCCCGGAGCGCAAGAACUCGCUCCGUCGCAAGCCUGUGCCCCAGCUUGUGGCCGACGAGACGUCGUUGAAGACUACCGGCCAGUCCCCUAAGACCUCGCCUGGUCUGCAGGGCUCAUCCCGUCCGAUGAGCAACCGCGAACACUCGAGCCACGCCGCGCCCGAGCAGGCAAGACCCGCCGGCGACCAGUUUGGCUUGAGCGCCGCCCUCACUGGGCUUGGCCACAACACGUUCCAGCUCAUGCCCGACCCGCCUCUCUCCGAUGAGCGUCACUAG